AACCUAUCUUUAUUUUAAUGUAGAUCUUCAAACGGAGAAAUGAAAAAAGGGUUUCAAAAACCAAAAUCGAACCGUUAUUUGAAUUUGGUUUAGUCGUUUUUCGUUUUUAGAUUCAGAAACCAAAAACGGAAGAACGGCUCUUUUUUAAGCGUUUUUUUAAACGACAAACGAAAAACGUGUGGUUUCUCGUUAUUUUGUUUUUUGGUUUAAACGAAAAAACAAACUAUCAAAACGUACACGGACCCUUCAAAUGGAAAAGUACGAAAUAAAACUCGCGCAUCACUUUCAGUGAAGCUCCUCCUACAACAAUCCACCAAUAAAUGCUGGAGUCAAACACACAGAGAAAUCACUCCAUGUGUGACAACUGAAAUCUUCAUGACAUAAUGUUGAUGCUGGUGAAAGAGGAGCUUGAGAAGAUGACAGAUCCACAACCAUGCAGAAUAAAGGAUGAAGAUACUGAGGAACAAAUAGAAAUGAUGGAAGUGAAAGAGGAGAGUCAAGCUGAAGUGGAUGAGAAACAUCAGAUUGUAAAAAGCAACCAUACUGUUUCACAGAAAGAAACUCUGAAGACAGAAGACAUAAAGUCUGAAAAUAGUUCCAGUGAAGAUGAACGCCCUGCAGAUCACAAGAGGACUCACAGUGAGGAGAAACCUUUCACAUGUCAACAGUGUGGAAAGAGUUUCAGAAGAAAAGCUCACCUUAACACACACAUGAUGAUUCACACCGGAGAGAAACCAUUCACGUGCCAUCACUGUAAAAAGAGUUUUACAACUGCAUCUAACCUUAAGAAACAUUUGAGAAUUCACACUGGAGAGAAACUUUACACUUGUCAAGAGUGUGGAAAGAGUUUCACCUUUCAAACAAGCCUUAAAGUACACAUGAGGAUUCACACCGGAGAGAAACCACAUCUGUGCCAUCACUGUGAAAAGAGUUUUAGAACAGCAAGUAAACUUAAGACACACAUGAUGACUCACACUGGAGAGAAACCUUACACUUGUCAACAGUGUGGAAAGAGUUUCUCUAUUGAAAGAGACCUUAAGAUACACGCAAGAAUUCACACUGGAGAGAAACCGUUCACAUGCCAUGAGUGUGAAAAAUGUUUCAGAAGGAAGAGUAUUCUUACAGCACACAUGACAAUUCACAAAGGAGAGAAACCAUAUGCGUGUUUUCAGUGUGAAUGGUGUUUCAGUAUGGAGUGUCAACUUAAGAGACACAUGAUGAUUCACAGCGAAAAGAAACCUCACGCAUGUCUUCAGUGUGAAAAGAGUUUCAUACAAAAACGUGGACUUGAGGCUCACAUGAGAAGUCACACUGGAGAGAAACCUUACAUAUGUCUUCAGUGUGAAAAGAGUUUCAGUUUAAAGUUUCACCUUAAGAGACACAUGAUGAUUCACAGUGAAAAGAAACCUCACGCAUGUCUUCAGUGUGAAAAGAGUUUCAUAGAAAAACGUGGACUUGUUAUUCACAUGAGAAGUCACACUGGAGAGAAACCUUACAUAUGUCUUCAGUGUGAAAAGAGUUUUACAAGUGAAGGUAAUCUUAAGACACAUGUGAAGAUUCACACUCGAUAGAAACCAUUCAUGUGUCAACAGUGUGGAUAUGGCAACAACGUUUAGAAAUCCGCUGGGGUCUUAUUAAUGAAAAUUAACGAUUUGCGUACGAUUCUUACUAAAAAUCUAAAUUCGCCUAAAAGCUAAAAAUUGCGUACAGCAAAAAAGAUUCGGGCCGUUCCUCAAUAUGCGUUCCUGUCUGUACUUGUGUUCUUGUGAAACGUCAUCAGUCACGGCUCAAGAACUGUUCCAAUUCUAAGUUUACAUCAAGUCAAGUUCACAUGUCCUUGAUCCGCUCAUUUUAUCAAGGAUGCAUAAGGAGGUGACUUGUGACAGUCAAGUUUCCCAGAAUGCAUUUUGCGUCAAUGGCAAUGAAGCUUACAGGACAAGUUCUGUAUUUUACACUUGAAGCCCUGUUUUCAGAUAGUUUAUGAUGAAAUAGAACGGGUUUGACUGAAAAUUGGACAUAUGCUGCUGCCCCGAGAAUUUUCGUCUUCUG